AUGAUUUGUGAAGAUGGAUAUUGUGAUGCUUCAUAUCAACCUCCAAAUGAACAUGCUGACAUUGAUAGUUCUGGAAGGUCUGAUCCAAUCAAAGAAGGAUGUUAUGUGCCUGAUAUUGAAUGCGGAGAUGAGCUAAAUCAAGAAUAUGAUUGGGAUGAUAGUUUUUCUUAUACAAAUCAAGAUAUAAUUUGGUCACAAAUGGAGGAAACCAUGACAUAUCAUGUUGGACGAAAUGUAACUAAUUAUGAUGUCAAUAAUACAAUUGAAUCACAUGAUGGUGUAAAUGAAGUACAAAAUGAAGAGCAGCAAGGAGUAGAACUGGAUAAUGUACUUAUCGAUUCUGACUGUGAAAUAGAUGAAGAACCUGUUGACAAUGCUGGAGUUGAUCAUCCAAAAAUGAAUGUGGAUUUUGGAUUUGGUUUUAUAAAUGAGCAGGAGGUAAGCGAUUCAGACACAGACUAUAGCGACUCAGAUGAACUAAGGAGUUUGGAUAGUAAUGAAGAAGGAGAAGAAGGCACUUCCCAAAAAAGGAUAAGGAGGGAAGUAUUCAAUCCCAGGAUAGAUAUGGAGGAUCCAAUAUUCAAAGUUGUGAGGCAUAAUAAGGAGAUCAAAUAUUUGAAGAAUGAUGCUAAGAGGUUGAGAGCUACUUGUAAACAAAUAUGCUCAUGGAUUUUGUAUGCAACAAAGCAAGAGGAUAAGUUAAGCUUUGAAAUUAAGACUUUUGAAGGUGUUCAUAGUUGCAGUAUGGUGUACAAAAAUAGGAGAGUAACUCCAACAUACUUAGCAGGCAAGUAUGCUUCUGAUUUCAAGGCUGAACCUAACAUGACAUUUGAUGGAUUUAUGGAUAAAGUUAACAAAGCCAAUUUAGGGGACAUAUCUAUAUGGAAGUUCUAUAGGACUAGGGAAAAAGCAAUGGAGAAGAUAAGAGGGAGUGUUGUAGAGCAUUAUAGGGUAUUGGUUGAUUAUUGUCAGCAAUUAAGGUUGACAAAUGUUGGGAGUACAAUUCAAUUGGAAGGGCGUGCACGAGAAUUCAAGAGGCUUUACAUAUUUUUAGGAGGAUUAAAGAAAGGUUUCAUUAAUGGAAGUAGGAGAGUGAUUGAGGUGGAUGUUGGGAUUGAUGGCAAUGACGGAAUGUAUCCAGUUGCCUAUGCAAUGGUGGAGACUGAGAAUGGAGAAAAUUGGAGCUGGUUUUUGACAUUGCUGAGAGAUAACUUAAGGAUUCAUAACUCCCAUGGAUGGAUAUUCAUUUCGGAUAAACGGAAAGGGUUGGUAAAUGCAUUUGGAUCACUCUUUGAACAUGCAGAGCAUAGAACAUGCAUUCGUCACUUGUAUAAUAAUUUUAGUGCUAUUCAUAAAGGCCUAGCUUUAAAAAAUUGUUUGUGGGAUACAGCGAGAGCAACAACAAUUCCAAAAUGA